AUGCCCAAAAAAAUAAUGCUUGUCUGGUAUGCGUCGCUAUUUGGGCAUUACAAAAGUAUCACGUGCCAAUGCGAGUGGGGUGGUCCACAAUUCAAGCAACGUUUGGUUGAAAAUCAACCGGAUAAAGUCAUACGACCUUAUUUAUCAUACCUGACUGAAACGGUUAUGUUUCACGAGUGGAUAAUGAAAAGGUCCGAGACAACGUUUGCGGAACCGGCGGAUCCCUUACCUGGAACCGAGGACUAUUUAAAUCGUCAAAUCGACAAACUCUAUAAUGCGGGUGUUAAUUGCUUUACUACGAAACGACUGGCAAAAUUGUUCACCAAAGUGACGGCAGCGCUCCGAGUGAAGAAAUAA